AUGGCCGAGUCAGCUGAUUUCUAUGGUUAUCUACCCAGCAAGCCGGCGGCUCUUUUUGGGACUGUCUACUUUGGCAUUUUAAUGCUUGCAUGCAUCAUUCAGAUUAUCUUCGGAAAAUAUAAGCACUACUGGAUGAUAACCCUUGCCCUUGCCGCUGUGGGAGAGGCCAUCGGAUGGGGAGGGCGACUCUGGGCUCAUUACGAUCCAGCCAACUGGAUGCCGUUCAUGAUCCAAAUCUGCAGUCUUAUCGUCAGCCCAGUGUUCAUUUCCGCCGCAGGCUAUAUCCUUUUCUGUAAAAUUUUGGAAAAUACCGGAGACAGACUCUUCCAUAUCCCUCCCAAGUUCUUCUGGAUUGCUUUUAUCAUCCUGGAUAUCAUCUCAUUGGCCAUUCAAACUGUCGGGGGAGUCUUGGUAUCAAGCGCACAGAAUUACGACCAACUCAAUCACGGGUCAAAUAUCAUGCGGUCUGGCAUUAUUUUUCAAUUCAGCAAUACCGUUCUUUUUGUGGCCUUGAUGUUGGGAACAGCUUUCAGGCUGCGCGCGAAGGGAAUCCGGCUAUUGUCGAUAACAGGGUGGCCGGUCCUGGUGGCUAUGUGGGGUUCGACACUGAUGGUGCUUGUUCGCAAUGCAUACCGCAUCGCCGAGUUAUCAGGAGGAUGGAGGGGUCAUUUGAUGCGCACUGAGUGGUAUCUUGUGGCUUUGGACAUGGUGCCAAUGGCCAUAGCAGUGGGGGCGUUUAUUGUGUUCAGUCCAUCUCUCUUUUUCUAUUCAGAAAAACAGGGAAGAGAGAAAGAGCGCACGAUCGUCUAA